AUGGAAGAUACCUCCCCCGGGGUGGUACGGGACUCGACGACAAUCGAACCCUGGAAUGCUCCAGGGCUGGGCGACGAUACGAAGAAUGGCAUGGCGAGCCGACCCCCGCAAACGAAGGGAAUCCCGGGCUCUGCGUACAAGGACAUGCAAGAAGAGGGCAGGAUACAGGAGCGCCCUGAAGACAGGCUACAGACAGAAGCCAGGAUGCUACCUCCCUCAGAUAAGAGGCACGGGCCGAGUGCGCAACCGCGCCCCGUGCCGCUCCCGGAAGACAGCACCGUGAGCGCAGGAGAAGGUGAAACGAUUGGAGCCCCGGGAGCGAAAGCGACCUUACAGCAGCAGACGGACGUAGCAAGAGGGGGCGACGAGGCGCCUGGAAGAAACAAGACAAUUGGAGAGACCUCCGGGACCACGGGUGUAUACACAGGACCCAGCGCCGGGGAUGACUCGCGUCGACAAACGGACGGGAGCGAAGACAAGGAAGAGAAGGGCAUGUAUGCAGAACCCUCAAAAGAAGAGAAGAGCAUCAAGACUAAUGGAGAGACCUCCGGGACCACGGGUGUAUACACAGGACCCAGCGCCGGGGAUGACUCGCGUCGACAAACGGUCGGGAGCGAAGACAAGGAAGAGAAGGGCAUGUAUGCAGAACCCUCAAAAGAAGAAAGUUCGUGUCGACAAACUGAACCGAACACUCGCGACGCUAGUGCGUUGCCUGACGGAGAUUUUCUGGCACCUCGGGGUGCCGCCUCCGUCCUAUCCCGGACCCAACCUCGGGUCCGGGGCACAUUGGCCACCUUCCCGGAAGAGACAGACAACGCUCGGGAGCCAGGAGACCCAUCUCGAGACUCGACGAACCCGGGAGACCUUCGUCCGGACUCGGAUAUCACCCCGGUAUUCACUGCGGCCCAGAUUGAGGCGAUCUCCCGGGGCGAUAUGACCGGACUUCCCGACUCUCGACAUGUGGAUAUCGAAGAACGUCUCUACCCGCUCACGCCCGCGGAUCUGGAGCUACAAUUGAAGGCGCUUCGCUCACAACGAAGGACACCUCCAGGGGACCAUCCCGGGAGUCCUGGCGGCUAUCGGACUCCUCGCCUCCUCUGCGGAUGGCCGGGCUCGCCUAAAGAAACGGGUCUCGAUGGAGGAAGCUACCCGACUGCACUCACACAUCUGGAGGGUACGUCGUCGAACUCUGACCUCUCGGCGACGUUACCUCGAGUCCGCAACCGAAGGACUCGACCUGGGAGUGCCGUGAUCGACCCAGACAUCCCCCCACUCCUGCACGAAUCCGAGGCUCCGGACAGGCGACACGACCCGAGUGUCCAGGAGGACUCUACACGUCUUGAAGUAGCGGGUUUGGAGGUACGGGAGACUAUUCGGUGCAUGGAUUGGCCGUUCCAGGGCCUUGACGAGUCCGGAUUCACGGCCCUCCUUCACUCCCGGACCCGCGAUCCAUAUCCGUUGUGUGGCGUCAUGACCGGAUCUCUGGCACCACUUGUUCUGGCCACCAUCGAUGGCCAUAUCACACAAGCUUUAGUAGACACGGGCGCCUUGGUUACGGUCAUUAGUCAGGAAUUUUGGAUGCUCCUGGGCCGCCCUCCUCUCCGUACCCCGUCGUACGGUCUAGUUUCAGCUGCGAACGCCGGCAUUUCGACUCUGGGGUUUCGACACUGCAGCGUUACCUUGGCUGGUAUUUCUACAACGUUCCCGGUCUGGGUUCUGGAAGACUCAGUCACCCCGUGCAUCUUGGGAGUCAAUCUCCUCCGGACGUUGCAUGCUCUCGUUGACCUCGGACGGGACCAAGUAUGUUUCGAAGGCAACCGAGUGACCCUCCCGUUUAUCACCCCGGGAGAGCAUGACCUCCCCAGACAGGACCGAACUGUAGCGCAUCUCCGCCGGAAGGACGAGAACACCCCAGGUGCGCCCCUACAACGGGGGCAGACCCGGGUAGAGGACCGCCCCACCUUACCCUGA